AUGAGUGCAAACAUUAAGGACCUCAUCAAGCAGGAGAAGGAAAGAAGGAAGUUACUCAGGGAGGAAAAGAAAAAAGCGGAAAAAGUGAAGCAACCAGCAGGGCGGGAAGAUUACCCCAUUGGGAAAGACACACCGGGGAACUAUUACACAAAGAGUGCACAACAGGACAGGCUCUUUUUAAAAAUUCAAAAUAACUCCGAACAUGGUAGCUAUACGGAAAAGUAUAACUAUGUAGAAGAACAAUUGUGUGAGGUUGCGGGGAGGACAAGGCCAUCCGGUGCAAUGACCAACAAUGAACAGAUGGCGACGCAAAAAACAAAUGACACUAAAAUCGCUAGAAGGGUGCAUUUCGCCGAACCGACUGCACCACUAAACAGGCUAAAUAAAAACAACAAUUUUAAGGAUGCGUUUUUGGACUAUAGCAAUGAAGAGAAAAGUGAUAAUUCUGAAGGAGCUUCCAAAGAUGAGGAGGACGAGAAGGAUGUUGAGGUCGACUUACCUGCAGAUUUUUUCGACUCCACAGUGACCUUCAAUCAUAGUAGCUGUGAAAAGAAUGACAAGAGAGCUACCAGUCCUAUGGAAGGAACUCCUGGAGGGAAGAGAAAAGCAGAUCAAAGUGACCCACCUUCUGAAGAGGAAGAAGUCAAUAGGGCACCUCUCCACUAUGGCUUAAAUGAAGAAAAGGAUAUAUCAAGCGGGAGGUAUGCAUCAUCGCACAAAAUAGGCAAUGGAACCCCUUCCACAGAGCAUCGAAGCGGAAACAAAUUUGAUUUAAAGAACGAUCCAAACGUUGAAGUGAUCGAAACGUACGAAAUUACGGAGGACAUCCUUGGAAGUGCAGAACUGGAAGAAAAUGAAAAAUUUCAUAGGCAAAUAAAAAGAAAAAGGAAGUUGCUACUGGAGGGGGAAUACCAUUUGGAUGCAGAAGAAAACGAUGAGAGAGGUACAUUCGAAAGAGGAGAAAAAACCCGCAGAAGAGACAUGCUUAAAGGUAAAGGUGAUCAAACCGAUGGAGAGGGAGAACAAGAAGGAAACCCCAUUAUGAAUCUGUUCACUACCAAUAUGGAAGAUUUCACAAAUUACAAACUGCUGGACACGGCUUACUACGAAGAGUUAGACUACUUACACAAAAUGCUUGUGGAGAAAAAAAAAUACAUUUUAGGAGACACGUAUGAUGAGGAGAAAGAAGAAAAUGAAGAGAGAGAGGUAGAACUACUUGAAGAAUUGAAUGAAUUUCGAAAAAAAAAAAAAAAAAUGGAAAAAGGAAGAGUCGAUGAAGACAGGAACGAUAAUGACAACCAUUUUAACAUUGACGAAAUUUACGACAUGCUAAAGUUAAAAAGGGGGAUGAAGGAAGGUGAUGCCCCGAUUGCACACACAAGGGGAAACACGCCAACUAGCAAGCGCGCUGAUGAGAAUAGGGAGGAGGGAAAAAAGACAAAUGAAUAUGAAAAUUUGCCCAGGGGAUUUUUCGAUGAUAAAGAAAAAGAUAUUCUCGUGAGAGAAAAUCUUUCCCUAUCUAAGAUAAACCAAAAGAUUGGAGAAAUUAAAAAACAGAAAAAGAACAUUUUGCUAGAGUUUAAGACGAUAGAAAAUGUGUACGAGGAGAAGAAGAACAGCUACAUCGAUUACUUGUAUGAUGAUAAGUUUGAUGACAAGGAACAAAUUUUGGAUGAAAUUGUGAGGAAGUCGGCCAACCGGGGGGUAGCAGAAAUGGACCCCCAGGAGGGUAAACAAAAGCAAGAAAAAAAUAGAAAAAAAAAAAAAGAAAGAAACAAAGAAAAAAAGAAACCAAAAAGGAAUGCACAAAGGAAUGAAAGUAAUUUCCAGCUUGAUGACGAACAUGAGGACAUUUUCCACUGGAGGAAGAAAACCCUCUUUUAA